CUCCUUCAGAACAAAGAUCUCUGUCAUGUAACUCCACCAGCUCUCUUGCUCAGUAUUCAGAAAAUGUUUUUUCUUGCAAUUCUGCUGUUUUCCUACUGUCAAAUGUUUCAGCAGAUACAGAAAACUACUGCAAAUGGCAAAGAGAUGCCAUCCAAUCCCAAGCUUGUACUGGUUCAGGGGAUGUUGAAUGUGGUGAUGAAGCAGAAUGUGACCCUCUCCUGCCUCUCUGAGCCUGGAUCUCCACCGGUCAGAUACACCCUGUUCAAGCACAACCAGCAGGUAUCUGCUUUAAACAGGUCAGACUUGACCCCUGCACUGUUCACCCUGACCAUCAGCUCUGCCAGCGACAUGGGGGAAUACAAGUGCAAAGCUGAGUAUAACAACUCCAGUGGUGGAAAAUACAGCAACAGCCUCAACAUCACCCUCAUAGAGCCAAUUUCCAAACCAGUGCUGAGCUCACCCACCUCUCAGGCAAAGAAAGGCCAGAACGUGACCCUGUCCUGUUUCUCGGAGAACGGAUCCCUUCCCAUCACAUAUCUAUUCUUCAAAGGAACACAAAAAAUCUCUUCCCAAAAGACGAUGCAGAAGAGGGAAGCAGCUGUGAUUUUUCUAUUUAUCGAUUCCCUUCAUGACUUUGGAACCUAUAAAUGCAAAGCUAAUAACAGUUUUCCUAAUAAUACAAAAUACAGCAACGCUUUCAACUUUACAUUAGCAGAAGAGAGAAGCCAUUCUCAGCCCCUGAUAAUUUCUCUUGGGCUGAUCCUGCUACUACUCAUAAUAGGAUUUGCUCUGGCAAUUCCAUUUUUCGUAAUUCCUUUGUAUAAAGCAAAAAAAUUUAAGUCUACCAGGCCCUCAAUUGGCCUUUCUUCAACAGUAAAUGCAGAGGAGUCUGAAAAUGAAGUCAUAUACUCAGAGAUUGAGCAUGUUAAACCAGAAGAAGAAUACAUCAAUUUCUGUGUUAUUAGAAGAGAAGAGGAAAAAGCAGGGAAGAGGGCAUGUUCUACUGUCUAUUCAAAGGUCCUCAUCAGAGACUGAGUACCAGGUGCAAGAUGAAGUAGCUUACAUGUUUAAGAACUGAAGCCAUGUGACUAAAAUACAUUCCUACAAACAGUACAAAGAUACUGAUGCUAUUAAAAUAUUUAAGAUUUGGAAGUCUUUUAUAAAAGAUACCAUUUUCCAGCAGAGGUCACAAUUGUGUCAGCAAUACAGAGAAAAGCUGAAUUUUUAGCUUAGGAUGGAGCACUUUCAGUAUGAUAUUAAAAGCAAUGGUUAGCCUUGCUAAUAAGGGACA